UUCAUUUGUUUGGAUCAAUUUUCCCACUAAUUUUUCUUUCUUUACAACAUUAAUCACUUCAGUACUUCCUAUAGUUUCAAAAUUAGGAAGCUGCAACAGAGUCCAAAAACACAAAGCCAUAUGUGAAAAACAAAACAAAGCUAGAAUCUUUUCACACAAGGUAUAGAAGAAGAUGGAUGCAAUUAAGCAGUUGCAGUCUUUGAUGGAAAAUGUUGAUGAGCAACAGAAGAUUGCAUUCAAGAAUCUGCAUCAGGGCUAUCCUACUGAAAUGUUGGCCCGAUUUCUCAAAGCUAGGGACGGGAAUGUUGCCAAAGCUCAAAAAAUGUUAAUUGAUUGUUUACAUUGGAGAGUGGAAAAUGAGAUUGACAAAGUUUUAGCGCAGAAACCAAUUCCUGCGGAUUUGUACAAACCUGUGCGAGAUUCUCAGCUCAUAGGAAUGUCCGGUUACACAAAAGAGGGCCUACCAGUCAUCGCUGUUGGCGUUGGGCUCAGUACAUAUGACAAAGCAUCUGACAAAUACUAUAUACAGUCACACAUCCAAGUGAAUGAAUAUAGGGAUCGCGUUAUCUUGCCAACAGCUACAAAGAAGCAUGGACGAUAUAUUGGCACCUGUGUGAAAGUCUUGGAUAUGACUGGUUUGAAAUUUUCAGCACUCAACCAGUUAAGGCUUUUGACAGCAAUAUCUACUAUAGAUGACUUGAACUACCCGGAAAAGACAGACAUAUACUAUAUUGUUAAUGCACCAUAUGUAUUCUCCGCGUGUUGGAAGGUUGUAAAGCCUCUUUUGCAAGAAAGAACAAGAAAGAAAAUCCAAGUGCUGCAAGGCUGUGGGAAGGAGGAAUUACUCAAGGUAAUGGACUAUGCAUCCCUCCCACACUUCUGCAAAAAACAAGAUUCCAAGUCAUCAAGACACAAUGCAUCCGGAUCGAAUACCGAAAACUGUUUCUCAUUCAAUCAUGUUUUCCAUCAACAACUCUAUAACUACACAAAACAGCAAGCUAAUUUUGCGGAAUCAAUGUCACCAAUGAUGAGACAAGGAUCUUUCUAUGUAGACAUACCAGAGCCAGACCCUGAUGAUGCCAAAAUAGCGAAAACCAUUGAAGUUGAGUUUCAAAAAUUGGAAAAUCAGAAUAAUGGAACCAUUGAAGUUGAGUUUCACAAAUUGGAAAUCCAGAAUAAUGGAUUUACCAACUCAAGAAAUGGUCUUGCAGUUAAUGGACAUUGAGAAAGCUUGUGAAAAUUCUGAGCCAGUUUUAUUUCUUAAUUGCUUUAUACCAAGUUAUUAUAAGAUGUAAUAUUGUAAUAUUUGCAUCAAACUCAGAUGCAAAUAUCUUGAGAUCCAAACUUUAAUCUAAUUUCUCGGUAACCAUUUUGGAUAAUGAUCAUAUGAUAUGAUAUUUGUUCAACAAAAGAUGGCACCAUGUUGUAAUUAUAAAUUCCUAUGAUAUAACUAUCUUGAUGCAUUGUUCUUAAAUAGAACUCUAUUGUUGCUUUUGAUUUGGUCA